AUGACCUGCGCCGAGAAAGCCCUGGGCGACUGUCUGCUCCACAGCGAUGUGAUUUUGGCCAUACAGGAUCCCUAUAUGGCCCAGAUAGUAGACGGAACAAAGAACUACGAGUUCAGAAGAUAUCGUCUUAAACCAGAAGUGAAAAGAAUCUGGUUCUAUCGCACGGCGCCACACUCCAGCAUCACUCACGUCUGUGAGACCUUGCUGGCGCAAACACGGAAUCCGAAUGACGUUCCGCUCGAAGAGGAUGGGCUAGGGAAUGCAGAAUUCAACAAUAAACAUGUGGAUUGGAAUGGAUUCGACUUUGCAUAUAAGAUGGUAUCAGUCUAUGAGCUCUUGAGGCCGAUAAGUUUCGAGAUGAUGAAAGAAACAUAUGGAUUUAAGGCGGCACCACGCGGGCUUGUCUAUCUGCCGAAAACAAUCAGAGAUACUGUUGACUGGAAGCAACAGAAGUUGGCACAACAGGCUUUAGGAAGACCAGAUCAAAUAUUACAUAUGAGCAGCACGCUUCUCAGUGCCGGUACUUACCUUCUCACUACUGGAUCUCACUAUCGACAUCUUCUGAAUCCCGCUCAAUGA